AUGAGGAAAACUAAGGCCCACCUGAAACUAAAGCUGGCAAGGACCAUCAAGGACAACAAGAAAAGUUUCUUCCACUUUGACCAACUUACUGCCAUUAUUUUUGCCACCAAAGCACAUAUGUGCCAAACCAAACAAAUGACAUGAGGCAAAUUAAUCUGUGUCUUGAUCUGGGUGUUCUCACUUGCAUUUCCUGUACCACAGUUUAUUUUUAGUGAGGUUUUUAGUACCAGUAAGGCAGUAUGUCAGGAAGAAUAUGCAAACCAUCACACAAAGCUGGUUCUUAAAGUUUCCCAAGUGAUCCUCGGCUAUUUUAUUCCCAUGCUAGCCAUGAUCAUCUGCUACUCACCAAUUAUUAGAACCUUACUGCAUGCCAUGAAUUUUCAAAAUACAUAUCUUUUAAGAAACCUAUUUUCUGUAGUUGCCAUAUGUAUUGUUACUCAGUCACCCUAUACUUCCUUGACACUGACAAAGAUUACAGACUGGAGCUUUAACUUGAAUAGCAGCUUUGAAUUUGCCAUCAUUGUAACUGAAGCUCUUGCUUAUUUCCAUGGCUGUCUUAACCCUAUCCUGUAUUUCUUCAUGGGGAUGAAAUUCAGAAGGAACUUUCAGAAAAUUAUUAAAAACUCAAGAUGAAUCAAACAGCAAAUUAGGGCUAAAUAGCAGCAAACAACUGAAGACAAAUGCUCUAAAACUUACUGCCUCACAUAAUGCAGAUGCAACAACCCUGUACCUGCUGUAAAACUGC